UGGUGCCGCGGUCCAAUGACGGUGGGCUGGUGGCGCAGACGCUGUGUUUGCUAAUUAGUCUGGCAGGCAAAAGUAGGAAACCCACCGAAGCACGUGCUUUUUCUCACCUCUCUCUGACACCGUGUACAUAUACCACCCAUCCCUCCCUGGGCUUACAAACUAUCGUAAAACGAUGCCAAAGCAGUGGAGCUGUAAGAAUCGAGGCGGUAAAUGCUGUUGGGAGCUCGAGACGACAGCACAAGAAGCGGCAAAAUGAACCUGUUAGCCAAGAUUAUACUCUUCCUUUUGACCCUGGAGGCUGCGGAUGCUCUGGAGGCCAAUCUCACAGCUUGGCGUCAUCACAGGCGACAAAAGCGUUUCUUAAUCUAUCAGAACGGCGGUGUCAUUAAGUUUGUAUCCGGCUGUGCAUUUCCGGUUCCGUUUAUGGAGAAAAAGGCCUGGCGUCAGUUGGUCUGGCUGAUGAACUUCCACUACCAGUUCAAUGAGCCGCAAACUCCGAUCUACUGGUGGAAACUCUGGGAUGGAUCCCGAAAUCUCAAGGGACCUGUGACCCAAACCCAGUCAGAUCCUGAUUCUCCAUCGGUGCCUGCUCGUCUGUUGGUGGAUGAGCCCCAGCUUUUGCUAUUCAAGUUCGCCGAGGGCUAUAUGAAUCAAUUGGGUCAGAAUGGAAGUGCCUGCCUGAAGCGAUUGAUCUGCGAGAACGGUCAGGUGGAUGAGCACAGUGGACUGUAUGCACAACUACUACACAGACUGUUAAGACCUCAUCGAACGCUGGACGGUCGGUAUUUCGAUGCCUACAGGAUGGGUCGACAUGGCGUCGAUUGUCGAAGAGCCUUUUCGGAGGCCCAUCACUGCGUUUUGGACGACUACGUACACCUCUACUCCCGGGGAGCCACACAGAGCUUCUUUUGA